UUUGCAUCGGCAGGCAUGGACGCUCGCCGCGCUCGAGGGUUGCCAUCGAUCCAGUUGCUACUCGUAGCGCUGUUGGUGGUGGCCACUUCCGUCAACGCGAGUGUGUUUGCCGGGUUUGAGAUCGGGCGCGAGUUUUCCUUCCUCGGCAAGUUUUGUUUUACGUGGGACGCCAACUUUAGCAACGUCGUCGGGGAAAUUCAAGCACACAUCCGCACGCCGGACGACGGCGUCAAGCUGGCCAUCUACGACGACGAGGACGCGUUUUGGGCGUUCAUUUCAACUGACCCGACGUGCGAUUGCAAUUGCAAACUCGCGUCGGAGCACACCAAGGCCGUGUAUGACGUUCCUCGCGCAUCUGACGCGUCGCACACGUUUGUGCUCAACUACACGAUCCGCGAGCACCUUCGGCCCCGGUUUUGGUACGUUGCGCUGGCCAAGUGUGUCCCAGGCGGAGACGCCUACGUCCCGACGCUCGCGUCGCUGACGCCGGCGAACUUUGAGCACUACUAUUUCACUGCGUGGUACUCGAUCCACAUGAUUCAGUCCGCCACGCGGAGCGAAGUUCCCGUGUUCCAAGAAGGACUGACGGCCGUGUACACUGUCUUUGGCGGGCUUUCGGGGCUGCUCUUGCUCACGCAACUCAAAUCGGCCGCCAAACUCCGCCUCACGCACGAAUCGUUUCACCCGAUUGUGCAGCUCCUCACCGGCCUCGUCGUGCUCUCGUUUGUGUCGAACGCCUGCUUGGCGCUGCACUUUUACGCGUUUGAACUAAACGGCGUCGGCGCGCCACUUCCCCUCUGCCUCGCCCGCAUCUUCCAAGCCAUGGGGCGCGUCGGGAUGCUCCUCCUCGCCAUGCUCAUUGCAAAAGGAUGGACGAUCAAUGCAAUUGCACUCCACGGCCGCACGUGGCUCACCGUCGUCAUGCUCCUGUACUGCGUCUUGUACUUGAGCUUGGCCGUGUGGUAUUUGGGUUACACCGACCCGGCCUCGACCUUGUACAUGUACGACUCGGUGCCGGGGCUCGCCAUUUGCUCGCUGCAAAUCAUGGUGUAUGCCUGGUUUCUACAGCACUUGACGGCCACCCGCGCCAAGGAAGACGACCCACUCAAGCGAGUGUUCUUCCUCCAGAUGGGCCUCCUCUUCACCGUAUACAUUUUGUCGCUGCCGGUGAUUGUCAUGAUUGCUUCGGUGCUGUCCCCGUGGGUCCGUGAAAAGAUUGUCGAGUCAGUGACAGUGGGGAUUCAUUUCGCUGCACAAGGUGUCCUCGUCUACGUGCUGUGGCCGACGCGCGCCCCGCGCUACUUUGAUCGCCUCUACUCUUUGGUGGGAUCGCAAGCCGAGAAGGCGACCCUGUGCGACGCCACGCUUCCUUCCAACCAGUUAUAGCCGCACGCUUCAUCCACGACGUAUUUCCCUUUUUACGAUGUGUGAGGAGGGCUCGAACAUGGAGUUCAAAUGGUAGUUGCCUUGUAUUGAACGCUGCAGACGGUUUAUCUAUCCCGUGGAAUCGACUCGCUGUACUUGGCUCGUAAGUUGGCC